AUGAUGCAUCCUCAAGUCUUCAUUUUAGGCCUCAUGCUCCUUCUUCCAGGUGCUGUGGAUUCUUAUAGACUAGUGAAGGGGCUGGUGGGUCACCCUGUCACACUUCCAUGUAAUUACUCCUAUCGUGGGGUCACAACCACAUGUUGGGGCACAGGGGAAUGCCCAUCUUCUCAGUGUGCAAACACGCUUAUCUGGACUGAUGGAUAUCAAGUCACUUAUCAGAAGAGCCCCCGAUACCAGCUAAAGGGGAAUAUUUCAGAAAGAAAUGUAUCCUUGACAAUAGAGGACGCUGUUCAGAGUGACAGUGGUCUGUACUGUUGUCGAGUGGAGAUACCUGGAUGGUUCAACGAUCUGAAAUUCACCUUUUCAUUGGAAGUUACACCGGAGAUUCCCUCAAGUCCUCCAACAAGACCCACAACUACAACAAGACCCACAACUACAACAAGACCCACAACUACCACAAGAACCACAACUAUCACAAGACCCACGACUAUUUCAACAAGACCGACGCAUGAACCAACAUCAACCAGAGUCUCUACCUCUACUCCUCCAACACCAGCACACACACAGACUAAACCAGAAACCACUACAUUUUGUCCAUAUGAGACAACAGCUAAGGUGACAGAAAUCCCAUUCUAUAACACUACAGAUUGGACUAUCACUGUGACAUCCUCAGAGGACUCUUGGGAUAAUUACACUGGAGCGAUCCCUACACAGAAGCCGAGGACGAACACGACUAAGGGCUUCUAUGUCGGCAUCUCCAUUGCUGCUCUGGUGCUGCUGCUGCUUCUGAGCACCAUGGUUAUCACCAGGCACGUACUUAUGAAAAAGAAGUCGGGGUGUCUAAGUGUAGUAGCCUUCCAUGCCUCUAAGACUGGAGCCUCACAAAACAGAGUGGUCAUGUAUCCCAGAGCUGAAGACAACAUCUAUAUUAUAGAAGACAGUCCAUGAGCUGCUGAAUGGGUCACAGUGGCCCUCUGAGGGGUCUUCUGCCUGAAAUUACAGAAAGUGCAACUGAUAUCACAGAGACAAACACCCUUUCCAGCCCCGGGACUAUUUUCUGUGUUGAUUCUUCCAGCUGCAGUGGAGAGGGUGACCCUGAGCUGGCUAUACACAAACUCACGGUUAACAUCAUCCCAGUUCUCACAUCAACACUGCCUCCAUGUCUCCACUCCCUGUAACACAACAUCUCAAACAUGAACAUUUUAGAGUUUAGUGUUUCCUUAGUCAAUGUAGUCAUUGGUAAUACAGGAAAUAGACUUCUGUCUUGGUUGUUACAACCAUUAACAAAAGAGAAUAGGAAUUAAAAGUAAAAAAUAAAAAUAAAAGUGAAGAUUGGUGAGAAGGGGUAUCCUGAAUUUAGAAAUAUUUCAUGGUCAUGUUUUAUCUACUGUGUUGUAAUUUGAAAUGUCACUUCCUCUAUCUUCCCCAAAGAGUAAAACCGAGAUUUUAACCUCUCUCAUAAAGAUAAAUAGAAGGGACUCUAGCACCACCACUAUAGGUGGCCAUGCUUUCUCAAAGCUCUGAAAAUAUGACACAUUAUUAUGUGGUUGAUAUUAGGAUAAGGAUCAGUGUUCCAUAUCAGGAGAAGUUACCAUGGUGAUUAUGGAACAGGUGGACAGCAGUGGAAGAAAUGGAUGAAGGGGUUGAGUUCAUUAGUGCUAUUUCCACCUCACUUCUGUCUUGAUGUUCACUGUUCCCAUACUCACCCACUGAGCUCUGAAGGAGGUGCUAGAAGGAGGCAAUGCAGAAAUGAAAGGGGAAUGAGAAAGCAGGACACAGGCUCUCAGCUGAGAGAAGUUCUAUUCCAGGUGGGACAGAGCUUGGGCCUGUCACUGGUUUCCUUCAGAGUUCUAAUUUCAUUUCUUUUUUUUUCUGUCUUUUUUUAAUUGUCUUCAGAUCAUGUUUAUGUUUAAAUUUAGUUCAGAAAGACAAAGCAGCUUCCUCAGAGUGAAUCAGUUUGUCCCAGUCAAUGAAAUAUUUGGUCUUGCUAAGAGUGAGCAAAGGCUGUUGUGUUGAUGUUUGGCAAGAGGGUGUUAAUUUCUAUUUUUUUUAAUCAUUUAAUUUCUAUUUCAACCUAAGUAAUCCCUGAUGCCCACUCAGGGACACUCAGCCUAUAGCAGCCAAAUGGGCUUCUCUCAUCCGCUCUAAAAAUGUGUUGUUUUUACUACUGUUUUUUUUUUUUUCUUAAGUUUGAGACAAUUACACAUCAGAGCAGGGCUUUAAUAAUGGCAGCCUGAUCUGUAGCUUUUCUAGAACAAUUUGUCAGGAUCACCUUGAGUUCUAGAGUGGUGAGGCCCUAGAUGGGGCCAUCUGUUCCCACACUCUCCUUCCUGCCCCUUCUCGUCUCUGUCUGGUGGCUGCAGGGCUCUGAGCUUGUGAUGGCUGCUCUGCUCUGCAGUCUUUCUAGAGACCCAUGAUAGACAUGAAGGGGUCUGGGAAUCUGUCUGUCUGACCCACCUAGUGUUUCUAAUGUUUGCUUGAACUCAAGAACAUGAUGAUUAGUGACGUUCUGUGAAACAAUGUAUGUGGGACCCAGUAGAAAAUAUGUCAUAUAUAUGAGCAAUAAUGUAAGUAGUAACAGUAGGGUAACUUUUCUGUGUGUUUCCCAUCUAUUUGCUUUUAUCAUUUCCACACUUACCUUGGUGGAGGGUGGUCACUGCAAUGAAAGGUUACUUGUGAAAAAAAUCUUUUAACAGUGAAGACCAUCCCAGAAUGCAAGUCUCCAUUCUAGCAAAUUUUGUAGUAACUGCCACUGUUGAGUUAUAGCUGGGUCAAUGACUUCUUAUAUUAUUACAACCAUGAAUCUAUUUUUGUAUGUUGUCUGAUCUGUUCUUAAAAUAAUGUUUCCCUUUUAUAUAUUUCAUGUUUGUAACUUUGUUAUACUAUAGGAAAAAAAUCAUUAAUUGAGAGGAUCGCUAGAAAGAUCCAAGAUAAAUUAUGUUAAAGUUCAAAAAAAAUUUUUUUAUCUUGAAUU